GCCACUUAUCAGCCGGGUUUGUUCCUGUUUUGUUGAUUACAUCGGCGGACAAGAUCCCUGCCGGAUUCAGUUCACUGGAAAGAGGAAAAUUCGCAUACCCUGAUCUGGACAGCGGGGCAGAUUGUGUUGCUGUGGAGUGGAAAUAAUUUCACCCGUGGCAGAAAUGAAGAGAGCUAUUUCGUUUCUGAUAACUGUCUAUGUCUCGGUGCCUGUCAUUUUAUACCUGUUCCCUUGGAUACUGGGCCAAGUCAUAUUUGCUCACUUGUUGAGGUUUCCAUUCUUUGUGGAUCUCAGCAGACCUGAAGAUGUCCUAAACCACACAUGCAAUUUCUACCUCAACACAGAGGAUGGAAUCUCAGUCGGAGUGUGGCAUACGCUCCCUGCCAGCCAAUGGGAGAAAUCCGCCAGGAGAAGCCCUGAGUGGUACCGGGAGACUCUGGGAGACGGCACUCCUGUUAUUAUCUAUCUCCAUGGCAACGUAGGGACCAGGGCAAUAAAUCACAGAGUACAACUGGUGAAGCUCUUAAGUGCUGCGGGGUACCAUGUCUUAUCUUUAGACUACAGAGGUUUUGGAGAUUCCACUGGGGACCCCAGUGAAGCUGGAUUGACCAAUGACGCCCUCUACCUGUACCACUGGGUAAAGAAACACAGCAGGGGGAAUCUCAUCUGUCUGUGGGGACACUCGCUUGGCUCUGGGGUGGCAACCAAUGCAGCAGUGAAAAUACAGGAGCAAGGGUCUGCUGUUGAUGCUUUGAUCCUUGAAGCUCCAUACACAAGCGUCGGAGAAGUCGUAGUCAACCAUUGGUUCACUAAGAUGUACGGGUUCCUUCCAGGAUUUGAGAGCUUGCUGUGGAACAUAAUGAAAAGGACCAGCAUAGUAUUUGCUAAUGAUAAAAACUUGAAGUCGCUGAUCAGUCCACUUCUUAUUCUGCAUGCAGAGGAUGAUAAUCUUGUUCCUUAUCACAUGGGCCUGGAGCUGUACGAGAUAUCACUCCAGACUCAGAGAAAAUUCAACACAGAUGCACACGUUGACAUGAUCUCCUACAGUACAAGUCUUGGAUUCUCCCACAGCAGCAUCUACUUGGAUCCCAAUUUACCAGAUGUGGUUAGGAAAUUUCUAGAAAACCUGAGACACUAGAGUGGCGUUCCCUCCUCCGGGCUCACAGUUCCUCAUUUCCCUCAUCGCUUUGUAGAUUUUGUGAAAAAAAGUCCAACACACUGGCCAACUUCUUGCACAAAAGCUUCUAUAUCUUACAAAGAUGUCAAUAAAAGCACAGUACUGUAUGUCAUUACACUCUGUUUUUAUUUCAACACUGAGAUGAACAACUGUUGAUCAGAAAUGUAAGUUUGCAUACUUAACUAAGUUACAAAUGCCUUUAAAUCCUUGAAAUUGUUCUGAGUUUUUACAGAAAUGUAACAAAUGUGAGAACAGUCAGCCGACUGUGAUCCUACUGGAUUCCUGAAACCUCCACCCACCCCCAUAAUGUUAAAUAUGAGCAAGUUAUUUGGAAAUACUGAAGCUUGCUCAGCACAGUGACUCACAGUUUAAGCCUACUACGUGCAUUGUGCUAAAGAAGUGUAACAGUGCUUUGACAAUAAAGAAGGAGGAAAGAAAAAAAA